AUGACUGCGUCUAAAAUGUCAAUGCUCUUCCUCAUGAUUUGUGUUUUUGGUUUGGCACUUUUUGAGCCUUCCCAUGCCCAAAACACUCAACAAGACUACCUCAACGGCCGCAAUGUGGCUCGUAAACAAGUUGAUGUGACCAACAUAACAUGGGACACCACAGUGGCAACCUACGCUCUCAACUACGCCAAUUCAAGGAAAGGAGACUGCAACUUGGUGCACUCAAAUGGGGCCUACGGCGAGAACUUGGCCAAAGGCACCGGAUCAUUCUCCGGCAAGGCUGCAGUGGACUUGUGGGUGGCGGAAAAGUCUAAAUACAACUACACCUCCAAUUCCUGCGUCGGCGGCGAGUGCCGCCACUACACUCAGGUGGUUUGGCGCUAUUCCGUCCGCGUUGGCUGCGCAAGGGUCAAGUGUGACAAUGGCUGGUGGUUUGUCACUUGCAACUAUGAUCCUCCAGGCAAUUACGUUAAUGAGACUCCUUACUAA